CAAGAACUUGUUAAUAAUAAAUCGUCUUGGUUAAUAGACAAUAAAGAAGUCCUAUUUGAAGAAUCUCUUUCACUAUCUGAUAAUCAAGAAAAUCUAUUUGGAAAAGCUUCUAGUUCUUCUUCAAGCACUCUAAUUAAACAAGAAAAGA